UGACAAUAGAGAAUAAAGGGCUCACCCAAAACAUUCUCUUAUAUUUACUUGAUCGUUACAAUAGGCCUUCCCACAAAAUCUUGAACACAAUGGCUAAUAAUAGCGUCACGACACAGCCGCCCCCCGGCCACCCACCACGCAAAGAACUGUUUCGCUACAUUGCCAUUUUCUUGCUCUCUAUAAUCGUGAUUGUGGGUGUAGCGGUGCUCAUCAUUUGGUGGAUAGUGAAGCCUAAGCAACUUGUUUACACCAUUGAAGAUGCCUCAAUCCACAACUACAACCUCACCGGCAACAGCCGCCUCAAUUCCACGUUUGAUUUCACCAUAAGGGCAUAUAACCCGAAUGGACGAGCCUCCAUUUACUACGACAGCAUUGAAGUUUCAGCAGAGUAUGAGAAUCAAAACAUUGCCUUCACCACGCUGGAGCCCUUCCACCAGCCCACCCGGAAUGUGACUCAUCUAGAGGCGAAUCUUGUAGCUCAAAACAUCGCUCUACCCAAAUCCAUUUCUAAUGAUUUGAGGCGUGACAAAUCCAAGGGGGAAAUUGACUUAGACGUUCGUCUCAAGGCAAAGAUUCGAUUCAAGGUUGGAUUAUGGAAGUCGGAUCAUCGUACUAUGAGAAUUAUAUGUUCGCCGGUGACGAUUCACUUUUCUUCAUCAAAGAAUUUCGAGAGAACUGAAUGUGAGAUUGAUAUUUGAGUUAACAUCAAUUUGUUAUUUUUCAUUUUUUUUUUUUUUUUAUUGUGUGAGAUUAUUAAUUGUUGUUGAAUUUUUGAAGUUAUAAGGGUGUGUUAGUGUUACUACUAAAAGAAUGUAGCUGAUUGUGUGGAGUAAAUGCGGGAAAGCAUUUUUAUGACUUA